AUGAAACGAAUCAAAUCUAAUCCAUUAAUUAUUCAAUUAAAUAAUUUUAAUCAACAUUUUGAAAAAUUAUUAGCAUUAGGAAUUGUUGCUUCAUCUCCAGCAUAUCCACAAUUAGUAAUGGCUAAUGUUGAUAAAAUUAAAGAAUUAUUAGAAAAAUUUCAAAUAGGAAUUAUUAAUAUUAAUGAUAGAAAAACAUUUGAUACAUUAUUUGAAUUUUGGGCACAUUUAUUAUAUAUUUGUAAUUAUGGAUAUAUGAAUAGUUCAAUGGUUUCAAUAUUUAAUAUUCUUUAUCAAUGUAUCUCAUUAACAUCAUUUUCAGAUAUGGCAAAACAAUUAUUAACAAAAGAAAUAACUCAAGAUCUUCUUGAUAUUUAUCAAAGUUAUAUUGUUAGUUGUAGAGAAACAUAUUUAUUAAUAAGUCAAUUAUUAGAAAAAACAAUCAAAGGUAUUAUUGGAGAAGAAAUAUUUGAUAAAUUAACAUUACAAAGUUUAGAUGAUUUAUAUUUACAAUUAUCAACAAAAAUUAAUUUAAGAAUGCCAGAAGGAAUUGAUAUUGUUAUAAGUAAAAUUAUUGGUGCAUUAUGUGUUAUUGAUAAAGAAAUAUUAAAUAAUAUUAAUAAAAUUACACAAAGUGAAAAUAAUGAAAGUACAACUAUUGCACAUUAUAAUUAUCAUUUUUUAUUGGAUUUUAUUCCAACUACAAAUGUUUUAAGACAAGGAGAAUUACAAUCAAUAAUUCCAAUUAUUCUUAUAUAUCCAAAUCCAUUUAUGUUUAUUGUUUGGUUUAUUCCUCAAUGGAUUAAAUCAUUAAAAAGGAUUGGAAUAAUUAAAGAAAGAAUUAUUAGAAGUAAUGAAUUUUUUAUGUAUAAAAGAUGGUUUUUUGAACUACUUGGUAAGAUGAUGAGAAAAUUUCAGAAAAUAAAAGAGAAUAAAGCACUUUGUACAUGUUUUAAAUCUAUUAUUAAAGAAAAUGAUAUUACAGAUGUUAAUGAAUUAUUAUUUAUAAUUAAAACAAAUACUAAUAUUUAUGAUACUAAACAAAUGAUAAGAAUGGGUAAAAUGAUAGAGAAUAUAUUAAGAUAUUAUAUUAAAAUUAAUAAUGGAUUAAUAAAUUUAUUUGAUGAUACAUUUAAUAUACAUGAUUUUAUUCAAAUAAUAGAAAUGUCAAUAUUAGCAGAUCAUUUAGAAUCAUUAUUAAAAUUAUUAGGAUUAAUUUAUGAUAUAUUACCUUAUUUUAUUAAGACAUCUCGAGAUAUUUUAUUAUUAGAUUAUCUUAUUAAUAAAAGAUUCUCUUAUUUUUUCUUUCAUUGGUCAGAUCUUAUUCGUACUGCUUUCUUUCAUAUUAUUUUAUAUCGUUCAUUAUUUAUUAAAUCAAAUCAUUUAUUAUCUUCAAAAUUAACACAAUAUGAAAUAAAUCAAUAUAAAAAAAGAAAAACUGAAUUAUAUGAUCCUAAAGAACAAGAUAUAAAUAUUUAUACAUCAUUAAAGGAAAGAAUAGAUAUGCUUAAUAGUAUUAUUAAUUCUUUACCAUCUGAAAAACAUUUAAAUGAAUUAAAAAUGAUAAAAGUAAUGAAUGAAUUUACUCAAGAAAGAAAAGAAUAUUUUAAUUGGUUAAAUAAAAAGAAUAGUAAUGAUUCUGAUAUUCCAAAAAUUAUAUCAACAAUAGAUAUAUCAAGUGAAUAA